CUGAGAGUGAUGUCGCUUUGCUGGUUGUUGCAUGUCCGUAGCAGUUAAUUAUUUUACCGCAUUCAACAGAGGUUCCUUACCAGUGAGAAAGUAGCCCAACAACCAUAGUGGAAAGUGCUUGUAUGGAAGAGAUCGAAGAAAUACACCAGCGAUCUUCAAUUUUCCAUAACCGUGGGCAAUUUAUAAAUAAAACGAGAUUUUAACCACCCCCGUUUGCAAGAGAAGUAUCCAAUACGUUGGCAGUGCGCUAUGUUGUCUAGCCCACUUUUACAACACAGAACAGUCAAAGCAAGCUUUCAGUCUGAACAAUGUGAAAAAAGGAGGUACGUCUGAAAUAUUAUAUUGCAUUGUCAAUUGAGAAAUCCGCUCAGUCUAAAAGAGUUAACAAAUGGACAGCUUUUAGUGUGAGCAUUUUAACGCUUGCCCUAUAUGUGGAUUGAUUUUUUUUCUUCAACAUUCCCUCGGACGAUGGAUUUUUGCCAUUGCAGCUCAGUAGAGGGUGUUCGAUCUUUCUAAGAGCACCGCGCUAGAAAGAACACCGUAUCUGGGUAACCUCUUUGUGACCAAAAUCACCAAAGGAAAGCAGUGGAAACAAGGAAGACAAUCGAAAGAUGUGAGGAAUGCGUUUUUUUAACAGAGGCAGUGUGAUCAGCACUAAAUCUUUAGUGCGGGGUGUGAAUUCAGCACCGAGGGAAAGAAAACAGCUCCCACCGAUACCGCAGCACGACAAAAAAAUCACGGAUUUGUUAAUUUUGCAAGGUCAGUCCUUACUGAACUAAAGCCCAAAAUGUACGGGGCAGUAUUGCGAUUUGUUGUUUUCCGUUCUUUUUUUAUCAAGGUGCGUGUUGUCUUAGCCUAAGGAUUCAGUCUAUUUGAGGCAUUUAUGUGGUCAUUUUAAAGCUGGAAGUCUGGACGUAGCAGGUUAGAUGCAGCAUGGAUACAAAAAACGACUGUCGUCUUAUAUUUGAUCCAUGAUCUACCUUUUUAAUUUUUGAUAAUCUGGAGAGAAAAACUCACAGGUCGUAUGUCUUGAAAUCGGGGAUGAAUUCUUUGUAUUGAAAAUGCUGCUUUGGAUUGUCUUGCUGAAGGCGGCUCUUUGUCUUGCUAUUGGAAAUGUUACAAAGGACAUUUGUAAGGAGCAGAUCUGCUCCUGCAAUGAGAUAGAAGGCGAUUUGCACAUUGACUGCGAAAAGAGGAGCUUCACUAAUCUGCAUCAUUUGACUGGUCCUAGCUCCCAGUUCUAUCACUUGUUAUUGCACGGGAAUUCUUUAUCCAGGCUGUUUCCCAAUGAGUUUGCUAACUUUUACAAUGCCGUAAGCUUGCAUUUGGAAAACAACGGACUGCACGACAUUGUUCCUGGUGCUUUUCUGGGAUUGCAGCUAGUAAAACGCCUCCACAUAAAUAAUAACAAGAUACGGUCGUUUAGAAAGAGUACAUUUCUGGGAUUAGACGAUUUGGAAUACCUUCAAGCAGAUUUUAAUCUAUUGAGGGACAUAGACCCCGCCGUGUUCAGGGACUUAAAUAAACUUGAAGUGUUAAUUUUAAACGAUAACCUCAUCAGUGCACUACCUAUAAACGUGUUUCUGCAUGUACCCAUCACCCACCUCGACCUACGUGGGAAUCGAAUCAAAACGUUGCCUUAUGAGGGAAUUCUUGAACAAAUUCCGGGUAUUGCAGAGGUUCUAUUGGAGGAUAACCCCUGGGACUGUAACUGCGACCUGGUUUCCCUGAAGGAAUGGCUGGAGAAUAUACCGCAGAAUGCGCUCAUCGGCAGAGUCAUAUGCGAGGCUCCUACAAAACUACAGGGAAACGAUUUGAACGAGACAUCAGAGAUGGAGCUGUGUCCUUCAAAGAAUGGCGUUGACUUGAGUUUGGUUGCACCUCCCACCCAAGACGAGACCUCAAAACAUGGACCCGUUCCAACUCCUUACAAGGCAAAUGGUGAUCCGGGGUCCCCUACUCCAGAGAAUGGACCAAAGGGACGGUCCAAAUCGCGUGAAAACUGGCAGUUAAAAACAAGACCCACAUCUAUGACCGGUGUGAUCGGAGAGAGAGACCAGCUGCACAAUGCAUCUUGCCCCCAACCAUGCGUCUGUAAACUCGUUGGAUCUAGGCAAGGGUUAGGAGUUAAUUGCGAAGGCAAGAAGAUAGAGAGUUUGGCUACCCUAAAACCGAAACCUCUUACUGCACACGAAUUAAAUAUGAGAGAUAAUAACAUACAUGCUAUCAAAAAGAAUCAACUUAGUGGUUAUUCAAGCCUCAACCUACUUGAUUUAGGUGGAAACAACAUCAAAGUAAUAGAAAACAGCACUUUUCACAACCUAACUGAAUUAAGAUGGUUGUAUAUGGACAAGAAUUAUCUGGAUACACUCAUGGCGGAAAUGUUCGUUGGUCUCCAAAACUUGGAAUAUCUCAGUCUGGAAUAUAAUGACAUACAACUCAUUGUGGCAGGUGCAUUCAGUCCUAUGCCCAACCUGGGGGUGCUGUUCCUCAACAAUAACUUGCUGAAAUCUCUACCUGUGGAUGCUUUUCUUGGAAUUUCUUUAUCAAAAAUCAGCCUGCAUAAUAAUUAUUUCACAUUUCUCCCAGUUACUGGUGUCUUAGAUCAACUCAACUCGAUAAUACAGAUUGAUUUGCAUGGGAAUCCAUGGGAUUGCUCCUGCAACAUUGUCCCUUUCAAACAGUGGACGGAGAAACUGGGGGCAGACGUCAUAGUGAGUGAUCUUAAGUGUGAAUCUCCGGAAGAGUUCUGGAAAAAGGAUUUCCGUCGAGUCAGAAAUGAUCUCAUGUGCCCCAAACUUUAUGACAAAAUAUACCCCACAUCUCUCUCAAAAAACAGCACUUUAACUGCAGACACAGGGACGCGCUCGAACUCCUAUCUAGAACCAAGCAGAGUCUCUAUAUCUGUGCUGGUCCCUGGGCUGUUACUGGUAUUUGUCACGUCUGCGUUCACUGUUGUAGGGAUGCUUGUCUUCAUUUUGCGGAAUCGCAAGAGAUCAAAGCGGAGGGAAGGUAACUCCUCUGCGUCGGAGAUCAAUUCCUUACAGACAGUGUGCGACUCGUCUUAUUGGCACAGCGGGCCUUACCAUGCAGACGGGGGCGCGCACAGGGGGUUCGACUGUAGCGCCCAUAUCUCCACGACAAAUGAUGCGUAGAAUCGCUGUUGAUAAGAGGCUGGAAUACAAACAAACUGAUAAAACAUACAGACAGACAAAUGACUGCGUGCUGUGGACAAAAUUGCAAUGGAAGAAAAACAAAUGCUUCUUUAUUUGCUUCUGUCAGCGAUUGACCUGUUUUUGUUUGCCCCGGUUGACUGAAAAAGUCUGCUACAGAUUCAACUGUAAUAUAUGUAUAGAGCCCGCUCUCCUGCCCCCUCCCUCCCAGUACAGCUUUGCCGCAAUCAGACUGAGGAUCUGAGAAAGAAGACUUGGGAAAUGGUGCACGAGCGCAUGAAUGUAAUGUAAAUAGGCCUAACUGACUGUAUCAUAUCUGCAUGAUUUCGCAUGGUUUCAACACAACACUCGGAAACCAUACCAUAAUCAACAAAGAAGCCAACUCGACCCUUAUUUCAUGUUAUCAAUAUGACUAUAUAUAUAUAUAUAUAUAAAACUAUAUAUGAAUAUAUUCAAAGUGCCAUUUCUCUAUUUUUUGUGAACUGCAGUUAGGAUUUGUAUUUGCUGUUUUAAAACUGAAGUGGCUGACUGGAAGGAAUUACGAAUCUCAAAAGCUGUCAAUGCAUGUUAUUUUGUUGGUUUAUCAUUUGAUUGUCAGUAAAUAUCUGGUUAUUUAUAGUUGGUGCAGACACUAACAUGUCUGCGCAUUCAUCUCUUUAUGAAUGUAUAAAGUGUUACUUUAUGGUGUGCCAAUUGUUAAAUUUCAGAUAUCAGAGAUGCAGAUGAGCAUGACCAAUUAACGUCACUCAGAUGCUUAUGCUGCAAAGUUAAUGUAGCUAAAACAGUUCGUGGUUUCGUGUGUUAAUGAAAUAUAGCCUGCUUUGGGUGAAAGGGAACGUUUUAGACUAACCAUUCGAAACAGGCUUCGCCUGAUCACUCGAAUGGAGGUUUUUUAUAACGUCAUAUUUUUUCAAAAUUAAAAUGUUUUCAAUGGAGGUACUGGUACAGUUCGACCUAUGUACAGAACGCAGUUAGACUAGAAUGCUUUUAUGUAAAAAAAAAAGUAUUUCUCCACAAAUGCGUAGGCUAUGAUUCACUUUCAUUACUGUGAGCUUUUGUAAAGCCAUCUAUCGUGUCCACAUGAGAAAUUAGACUCACAUUGUAUAAGUCACAUGUGCUAAAAAAUGGUGUGAUGUUCAGUUUGAAAACAUCAUUUGCAGACUGGUGCCAAAGGGCAGUGGCGUAGUGGUGACUACGAGGGAGGGUAUACUCCAAGUGAAAUUACACAAGUGUUAGUUUAGAAGAGGUUAUGCCGCGUGUCCAUAACAAAAUAUAAGGGUAUACUCCGUAUCAUUCUCUCGGCUACACUGCUGUCAAAGGGAAGUUACAGUUGGGCAAGAUAAUCGCAUUUCUCAAAGAUGAGGCAAACUCACGAUGUCGCUGUUGUAUAUUUCCAAUUUCAGGUGAGAUGGACAGGUAAUUAAGAGUUUUGCAAGAAGGCAUUUGGAAAGAGAACUGCAUUUUGAACUUGAACUCAUUUGAUCUGGAUAUGCAUGGUCUCUGUUGGUAAGAAGAAACGCCCCUGUAAACAUGUAUGUGUUCAGCAGGGUCUACCAGUCAGUCUGGUUUAGGCCUACUGGGAAACGAAAACAUAUUGCUUAAAGCUGGACCUACUGGUUAAGUAUUGUUUUUUUCUUAUAUUGAAUUGUUUUCCUCAAAUGUAUCAGGUUCUGCAGUGUCAAUUCAUAGGAAUGUGCAAUCCUUUUCUAACAACACCAUGUAAAAAAGUGAAAUACAUGUGUGUUAUUUCUUUAUUUUGGUAGUGGUGGUGGGGGGGGGAUGUUGCCAGUCUGAAAUGAACAUCUACAGUAUUUAAGGGACCACAUUUCCCAAAAUAAACUUCAAAGGUAUCAAGCCAGUCAUCCAUGCAGCAUCCACAAAGGUGAGCGUGUCUGGCAUUUGGAUAUAGCUAACCACCACUGAACCAGAUUCAUCCCCAUCUGGUUCUGGAUUAGACCUCUAGAACCGUGAACUCUGAGUCCCAUCUUAUUCAAACAAGCCAUUUGUGUGUAUGUCUACAAAAUUGUGUGUAUGUGUGUGCUUAUGUGAUUAUGUGCGUAUGUACGGAUGUGUGGGUGUGCUCUCUGCUAUCAUUUGUGAGUGUGUGUGUAUGCUCACAGAAUUCCUCUCACCCCCCUUCUCCGAAAUGUAACCAAUCACGUAGUGUGACCUUGGGGACUAUUAUCUCAGCAGAUCUGUGACAUCAGUGCUGUCCAUCACUUCUUGCUGUCACAUCAUUGGGAAGGGUAAUUAUCUGUGAAUAUUGUACCACAGCUCAUCAAUAAUUUGUCAUAUUUCCAACGCCAUGUUACACUUCUUUGCUUUGCUACAUUUUACCUGCUUCUAUUUUGUUAAAUAAAAUGUGGUUAAGGUUGAGUAAAAUCUAUUUUUUUAACAAAUAUGUUAUUCUCUUCAGUACAGAAAUAUAUCAAAGACAAUGAGUGAUCACAUUUGGGUUAAAAUGAUGUUAAAACUGAAGACAAUAUGCCAACAAUCACUCACUGAAGCCCUACAUAUAUUAUUAUUGAUUUU